GGCUGUAAUAUGAGGCUCGAGAAUGGUUUGCCAUCACAUGGUGGAAAUUUCCACGCGCUCCUCCCAGUUAAAGGGUUUGAUGUGGAGGGGUAGCCACCAGUCCACUCGUGUUUUAUUCACCCGGAGAGAUUUGCGGUAUUUCCAGGCUUAGUUUUCCUUUUCCAUAAACGACGUCAACACAUCGGCAGACAUGAGCCGGAUCGAGCUGAGGAAAGUGAGCACAGAGGCGGACGACGAGAGCAGCAUGGACGAACGCUUCACAGAACCCAUUGAUUCAGAGAGAGCCACCAUAAACAGUCAGUUUCUGGAUGAAGACGACGCCGAGAGCCAGAAGUUUCUCACCAACGGAAUGAUGAAGAAGAAUAAAUAUGAGGAAUACCAGGAAGAAUAUCAUCCGGGUCACGCGUCGUUUGGUAUGUCCGUCUUCAACCUCAGUAACGCCAUCAUGGGCAGUGGAAUUCUGGGAUUGUCCUUCGCCAUGGCCAACACCGGCAUCUUGCUCUUUGUAAUUCUUCUGCUUGGAGUUUCCAUCCUGUCGCUGUACUCUGUUCAUCUGUUACUGAUGACGGCCAAAGAGGGAGGCUCACUGAUCUAUGAAAAGCUUGGAGAGAAAGCCUUUGGCUGGCCGGGAAAAAUGGCGGCAUUUGGAUCUAUAACUCUACAGAACAUUGGAGCCAUGUCCAGCUAUCUGUUCAUUGUCAAAUACGAGCUCCCAGAAGUGAUAAAAGCGUUCCUCGGCCUGGAGGAGAAUUCUGGUGAAUGGUUCCUGAAUGGAAAUUACUUGGUGGUGUUUGUGUCCAUCGGAAUCAUUCUGCCGCUCUCCCUGCUGAAAAACCUCGGGUAUCUGGGGUACACCAGCGGCUUUUCUCUCUCCUGCAUGGUGUUCUUCCUGGGCGUGUUGAUCUAUAAGAAGACGAUCCUCCCGUGCCCUCUUCCCUUCUUUUACCAACACAAGUCGAACGCGAGUAUAAGCGGUUCUGAUGCGCUAGGUCUGUACGCAUUGCAAAGCGUCUCAACGCUGGCGUACAUCUCUGACGCGGCGGUGAGCGGACCUCACCUGGAUCCUCACGUGCCCGUCCUCGAUGCCACGGUGCAGUUCACGCCUCACCACGAAGACGCCGCAGACAUGUGCACGCCCAAAUACUUUGUGUUCAAUUCUCAGACUGUUUACACGGUUCCCAUUCUGGCCUUUGCAUUCGUGUGCCACCCUGAAGUUCUGCCCAUCUACAGUGAACUGAAAGAUCGAUCAAGGAAGAAAAUGCAGACCGUUUCAAACCUGUCGAUUUUGGCAAUGCUGGUUAUGUAUCUGCUUUCUGCCCUCUUUGGAUAUCUGACCUUCUAUGAUCAUGUGGAGGCAGAGUUGUUGCACACCUUCACUAAGGUGUAUAAGUUUGAUACAAUGCUUCUGUUGGUGCGUUUGGCUGUGUUGACGGCAGUAACAUUGACCGUUCCCAUCGUGUUGUUUCCUAUCCGUUCAUCCGUCAUCACGCUGUGUUUCUCAGGGAAAGAGUUCAGCUGGAUCAGACACUUCCUCAUCGCUGCUGCGAUUCUGGCGUUCAAUAAUCUACUGGUGAUUUUCGUCCCCACCAUCAGGGAUAUCUUCGGCUUUAUCGGUUCGUCCGCUGCCACAAUGCUCAUCUUUAUUCUUCCGGCAGCGUUUUACCUGCGACUGGUGAAGAGUGUUCCCCUCAAAUCCCCACAGAAAAUAUCAGCGGCCAUUUUUCUGGUGGUGGGCAUCAUCUUCAUGAUCGGCAGUUUGUCUCUCAUCGUAUUAGACUGGAUCCACAACCCACCUGGCUCUAAAGGUGCUCACUAACCAGUGCACUCAGAAGGUGCUGAACCCGAAGCCCCUCCAUCACACGAACAUGGACGUGCAGUUUGGAUUGAACCCUGUGACUCCACCUCCCCCUCUUUCUCGUCAAGCUCCCGCUUGUUGCUUUAAGCUCUCAUUUAUGUUUUCUCAAACCUUGCAUCACUGUUCACGAGUGUCAGAUAGACGUGAAAGUGAAUUCACGGGGGAGAACGAGAGCGGGCAGAAGUGACGCUUCUCCGUAAUGACGCGGACGAUCGUCAAGUCUCUCCCGCGGAUAGAGAUGAUUAAAGACCCCAUGAAAUCAAAACAGGAGUUGUGUACGAGAUCUUAAUAGUGAUCUCCAUGCUAGUGUACGCUAGCUGAACUUUCAGCAGACGUGCGCAUUUCAAAUUUGCCGUCUUUUUUUGUUGAGAAAACGGAGCGAAAAUAUUGAUGACAUCAUCGUGCACUUAGGGGUGUAUGCAAAUUAUUAUCCAAUAAAACGCUCGCUAGAAUGAACAUGUCCCCUCGCCGUAACGCUGUGAGGUAAACUAUUUAAACGAAGACUAUUAGCUAAGAACUAUUAUUAGGCAUUUAGCGUUGGAAUAGUACAGUUGAAUAGACCGUAAGUUGAAGUUGCAAUACAAUUAUUAAAAACACAAAGUUUAUGAAUUAUAAAUGUUAAUAAAAGCAGUAAUGCUAAAUUCAUAAACCGUUAAGACAUUUUAACUACUUAAAACGAAUGAGUACUAUUGAUCUUGAUGAUAAAUUUACAGUUAUAAUCAAAAUAAUAAAAAAUAUGCAUCUUUUUAAAAAACAUUACAGGGGCAUUUUUGGUGGUGUUUUUGCCCCAAGCCCGCCUUCAUUUUGGGGGCUUGGGGCACGCUAAUGCUUAGCAUUGCUUUUUUGCUAAGUUUCUAAAAAUGCACAAAUUCAUGAAAGUUUAGGUUUUCAGAGGGAAAUAAUCCUUUUUCAGUCCGUAAACAUGUUGGGAAUUCAAAUAAACCAUUACAGGCCAAAUACAUACUUGGAAAAUGGCUAAAUUUGCUCACAGUAUUAGCGAUUUUGUCGACUAGCCUUUUUCCUGUUUGCGCGACUAGCCAGCUCGGAUAGUCAAAAUGCAAAUAUUUCCCGCCAAAACUCUUCUCAUGAGUGUCGGCUCAUCGUUGGGUGCUGUUUUGGAUGAUAAUAUUGAAUAAAUAUUAGAUGUUAUUUAAUUGCUUGAAAUAAAUGGUGCAAUUAUGCUAUGCUGCGUCAACUUCCUGUUUCAGGAGGGAUUACUAAAACACACAAAACUGCAUUUGUCAAGUGAUUUCAUGGGGUAUUUACUACACACUGAGAGAGAGAGAGUUGGGUCGAAUGGUUCAUCGAAUGACGAGCACUUUUGUUUUGUUGUCAAAUACAUUUUCAUGCUCAUGUUUGACUUCAUCAGGCAACAUUAGUCAUUGAUCAUUUGUUGGUUUUUUUAUUUUUAAAAGUAUAGCUCACGCAAACGUGAGGAUACGGCGCAUUUUUGGAUGAACUGUCCCUUUAUCGUUACCAUUUGAAUCCCAUUUCCUGUCUGCGAGGGGGGGGGUCCAGUUAUCAAACUUGAAUUAUCAAAAAAACGGUACUUUUCCCUCUCAAGUGGCUCCAUACAAUCAGAAUGGCGCAUUAUGAACCGCAUUAUGCCACGCCAAAUGGGCCGUGCAAUGAUGACGCGGUAACUGCUGACUCGUAAAAUCAUCACGCACAAGCCCCAACCCGAAACGGCCUUCAGAUCGCUCACUUGAAAUCGGGCUGGGGCGGAGGGCGGGGCCGGGUCGUGAUCCUCCGCAGUCGACCUUUAUCCCUCUCGGAGGCUUGAUUAGCCUAAUACGGGACCGCGUGUGUAGCAUCACGACCCCGCCCUCCGCCCUGCCACAUGGGCCUUGAUAUAUCGGCUUGUAUUUUAAAUCCACGGUUUGUGCCUUCGCCGUCUCCCUGUGCCGUAUCCGACGGCUCCGCCUUGCUGGAGGUAACGCCGUUUACAGAACCGAGCGUUAACGGGACAGUCGCACUUUUCUACGCCAAGCGCUCGUACGGGUCCAGCCAAAGCGCACGAUAUUUAAAGAUCCUUUUGGUGAUCGACUUUCUCAUAAAGCAAAUAUUUCGAAUGAAAUGGUAUGAUAUUUUUGCAUGUUUUAAAUCACAAACAUGGUCUUUUUGGACAUUGUAUAUGGUUUGUAAAUAGUCUGGGGGGGUUUUUUGGGUGGUGGUGGUGGUGGUGUGGGGGGUCAUUGAUGGAUGGGACGAUGCAUCAAAUGUUCGCCUGUAGAGUUUUAGUCUUUGAUGUUGUUGUUGUACGUUUGUGCCAUCACGCCUUUUUUUUUUCUUUUGUAAAUUUGUAGAAAAGUCAUUGUAUUUCUAUUGUACCUCCUUGACCGUUUUUAUGCUAAAAAUGGAGUUGUUACUUGACUAGUUAGCAGCCGAAAUGGUACUUGAGACUCCCAGGGGCUCGCGUACGGCUCACGUGGAAUUUCCCAUCAUUUAGAGGAGCUACAUCCUGCAACGCUCAUUACGCCAAAAUGGGAGUUUAACAAAAUUCGUUCGAUUUUGCUCAUCACAAAAUGAGCAUUUCGAACAGAAUUGUUCGCCCCAUCGAGGUUGCUCCAAAACGAUUUAAAAAACGGCCAUUUUGUUUGUUUUUACACGACAGUCACGUAGAGACGUCACCGUUUUCGCCAAACUCUGAAUUCCGGUAAUUCCGUGCAUGACGUGAAUCCUGAAUCUGAGCUACAAAUGACACAUCGGAUGAAUGUUUGGCUAUUUUAAACACGUACGUUCUUGACAAACCCUCUGCCGCACAUUGUCGAGAUGUUGAGCGGUUUUGUCUUCCACCGUUUACCUCCGAAAAUGACGUAUUGGACUGUUGAACAUUGUACAAUGUAUGUGUGUGUUCGUAAAUGUCUGUAAAAUUGUAUGUGUGUUUUAAAGUCAACAUGAAAUCAAACUUCACCCGAUUUACUUCAUUUCACAUUUCUGGACUUUUCUAUCAUGCACGUUACUUUAACUUUAACUUUAAAUGUUAAAUAAAAUAGUUUCCGUCAGUUUUCGAACAUGCUAAUCUCUAGACUUGCUCCGCCCCACAAACGUCUUUGCUUUUUCGAUGACAUCAUCAAGGCCUCUUAUUUUUCAGCCCAUCCUCUCCAUUCUGGUGUGUUCCACCCACUUUUAACCGUCCAAUCAAUUCCCAAUGGAUCAAAUCCCCUGAUAUAUACUUUCAUUCAGAAGUAAAAUGGGUUGCAAACGCUAUUUCAUGUUGACUUUGUGUUUUUGUGCUCCCGAACACAACGGUUGUUCUGUACGCUGCUCUUUGUCUGUAGGUGCCUUCAGAGAUGAUGUGAAGGAAGUUUAUCAAUUCCUCUUUCAAACUGUGUUCUGAAUGUACAAAAUGUAAAUGUGGUUUUCAUUUGUUUGUUACUGUGAAAUGAACUCCGUAUCCAGUAUUUGUAGCUGAAGUAUGUUGAGGAAUGUCAUGAGAAAUGAGGUUCAACCUCGUCCGUCCGCUCGCUAACUGCCAUCAGAACCAACAAAAUUGUUGACCCUCCGUCAGCCAAUCAGCUGCGGCCUCCUGCGGAUCGAUCACAAGAUGAUUUGCCACGUCAGUGGAGGGGUUUUGUAUCACUGAAGCUGAAUUAUGUAACAUGAAAAAUAAAGAAAUAUGAACGGAUGUUUGUCUGUGUUUCUUGA